GGGCUGACUAUAAUGUGGCUGGUAUUACAGGGGGUGAGACUCUGAGGUGGGAGCCCUAGCCUGGGUCAUGAUGGCCUAUACCAGAAAUUACCACCAACUCUUUUUGUCUCCACUAUUUUAUGUUCGUUUCAGAGCCCUUUUUACCCACAUAGCACAAUCCCACACCAUUCUAUUGGCAAAAGCCUGAAAUCAUCGUCCUACACUGAGAAUAUUCUCCAUUUCUGAAGGAUGAUUGUAUCAAGGGGCCGGGCUCUUUCCCACAACAAAGAAAAACCUGCUGUAUUUACAGUGAACCCUGCUGAGGGCAAAGUGCUUCAGGGUUCCUACAUGUAUUUCCCCUGACAAACAAGACUGAGGCACCAGCGUUCCGCUUUUCUGAGAGUUUGGGCCCUGCGGGAACCUGUAACAGCCUGUCGGUUGCCUUAGCAACGCGUUGUUGUGCCUGUAGGAUGCGAUGGAGUAGCGCUGUGUGGAAGGCAGAAAAGCCGACUUGGAGGGAGCCCGGUUGGAAUGGACAGACUGUUUGUCUUGGCACUAAAAAGAGGGCGAGCAGCGCCCUACAAGGAAUUACUCUGUUUAUAGCACCUGACUCAGACAUUAUUGAGUAAACAUCAAAUAGAAGACAUGCUUUGCAAAGCAGUAAACACCAAUAAAAUCAAAGUCAUCGACAGCCAAACUGAUGUUAUAAAGAAUUCUGAGCAACCAGAAAACCCUUAUAGUUUACCGUCUUCUGCUUUAUCUAAUACACUGGACCUCAGUAAGAGAAAACUUUGUCAUCUCCAUGAAGAUCUAUAUAAAGACACCCCUUUCAUACAGAAUAUCCAUUUAGAAUGGAAUGCACUCUCCUCGGUUCCUGAGAACCUUUUUAUAAAACUGCCAUGUUUAAUUUGGUUAGAUCUUCGGUAUAACCAGAUCACAAGUUUGCCUGCUACCAUCGGAGAACACAGGCAACUGAAGUACCUACUUUUGGAGGGUAAUCCAUUAAAGGCUCUUCCUGUUGAACUUGGUGAUCUGCCUACAUUGAAAGCGUUAAAUCUAAGAAACUGUCCUCUUGAGUUUCCUCCCGAAGAUGUUGUACACAAAGGACUUGAAUCGAUUUUAUCAUUUUUGCGACAAGCAAGAAGAGGAAUCCUGUGCUCUGAAGCAGCUGAGGCAGAAAUGCCUGCUGUUGAAAAACUGAGCUUACAAGAUGUAGUGAGGUCCAGCUUGGAGGCAUCAGAAGAAUGGGAAAGCAACGAUGAAAGGCUGCGCUUUGAAAUGCUCAAAAAUAGACUUAAAGAGGAAGAAAUGAAUGAAAUUGCAGAAGGUCGGACAAUCGGUCUUCCAUCUAUUACCCAGGAGGCAUCUCGAUUAAUAAAAAGAAACAAAUGGAACUUUAUAACUGAUCCAAGGUGCCCAGCAGAGGACAGAGCGCUCGCAGCACAAAAGCGUGCAGAAGAUAAGGAAAGACUUGCUGCAAUCAAUAAGAAGCUGAAAGAACAAGACAUUCUUAAAGACUGGCAAAAGCAGACAAAGAACAUGCAAAUUCAGAAAGAAAGAAAUAGAAAAACACCAGAAAACCAGAUACCCAAGGCUCUUCCUCCUUAUGCAACCGACUUGGAUCCAGUCCAGAGAAAGGAUCACCGGGACAAGCAAAGGCCUCUUUCAGAUGAAAAAUCAAGAGUCGCGUCCGGAAAAUUACAGAGGGAAACGGAGAAAGAAAGGGUCUCCAAAGAUCACAGGCUGGAUAACCGCAUCAGACAGCAUAUCCAGACCAUGAAACAAAGACGGAGCGUUCCACAGGCCACAGCAUUGCAGGAAGUCAUGGCAGCAAGGAAAGAUUUGGAGGAGGCCACAAAACUGCAGGCUGAGCUGUUACAGAGGAAGAAGGCGCAAGAGUUGGAAUAUCGGUUCAGUGCCUUUACCGGAGAAAUCUCCCCCACUCCCUCUCCUCAAGGAAAGCCUCAGAACAUCUUUGUAGCGCCUUUAUAAUAUAUAAUUCACAAGAGUCGUGAAUAUCCUGUAGAUUAUAUAGUGAAUAAAGUACCCCCUAUUAUAAAAUAUAAGGAUAUUAUAAGUCACCGAGGAGUUUCAUGACCAUAUAAAAGUAC